UCGCCUUUACCAUUUCGAUCUAUGGCCUCACACUGCUCUCAAUUUCACCUUCAAAACAAGAAGCCCAAGCACAAGCACCAACAAUCUCACCAAAUGGAUCAUCUCCCUCACGAUAUUCUUCUCCACAUCCUUUCCCGGCUACCCUUUUCAUCUCUUGUUCAAUUCAGGUACGUUUGCAGGUCAUGGCGGCUCUUGGCCCAACACCCACAGCUUCUCCAUUUCCACACCCCCCCACGCGAUGAAGAUCAAGAUGACAACUUUCGCUGCUUAAUCUUCCACUGCGAUUACCCCAUCAGGAAUCACCUCUAUUUCGUCGAUUUCCCUGCCUUCAGACAUGAUAAAGAGCCCGUCAAGAGGGUUUUCACUCCUUUCUCUGCUGCAAUGCCAGAGUACGAUGUGGUAGGUUCUUGCAAUGGCUUGCUCUGUUUGUCUGAUUCUCUUUACAAUGAUAAGCUGUUUAUAUACAACCCCUUUACUAGAGAUUACCUGGAGUUGCCCAAAACCAAGGAGUUUUUGAACCCUGAUGUUGUUUGUGGGAUUGGAUUUCACCCACAAACCAAGCAGUUCAAAGUGCUUAAAAUUGUCUACUCUAGAGGGUUCCGUCGGAUUAAGAGAUACUCUUCUCACCAUUCGGAAGUUCAAAUCUUCACUCUGGGAACUUCCAAUUGGAGGAGCAUAGGCAAAAUUUGCCACCAUCUCGCUCAGGGGCAGUCUCAGGCCGUCGUCAACGGCAGACUCCACUGGGUUUCUCUGCCCCGGCGGUACCACCUCGGCCGCAGCCUCGUCUCGUUCGACUUGGCCGACGAGCAAUUCCGAGAAAUUCCGAAGCCGGAAUUCGGGAGCUUGAGCAGAUGCAACUACCAUCUGGUGAUUCUUGAUGGCUGCCUCUCCGCCGCGGCCUACUGCAGUUACGGCAAAAUGGAGAUUUGGGUGAUGAAGGAGUAUGGCGUGASGGAAUCUUGGGUGAAGAGGUUCAACAUUGGGGCUUACAUGCCCAAGGCUCUGAAGCAAGAGGCAGAGGAAUCGUUCAGAGUCUCAAAGAUUGUGCUGCGGGGCAGAUUUGUGAGGGUUCUCUGCAUUUUGAAGAGUGGGGAGAUUUUGCUGGAAUAUAGAAACAGAGCCCUGGUUGUUUUCCAACCAAACACUGGGAAAUUCAGGGAUGUUACUUUCCAGGGCAUGCCCAAUUGGUUCCAAACUGUUGUUCAUUUUGGGAGCCUCAGUCGUAUGGAUGCCCUCCUCGAAUAGUAGGUUCAAAGUUCAAACCAUACCCAUUAUUAAUUAUGUUCAAAAUUACCAAACUGAACAGAAAUUGUGUUGUUCAAAUGAUUGGUUACUUUUUCUGCAUCUUUUGUAAUCUUACGGUAAUCAAAUAGAAGCAGAAGAAAACAGAGAGAGGGAGGGGGGCCUGUUUUGAGCCAUACGUAGUUUUGUGUAGCUACCAAUUAUGAAUGUAUUAGAUUAGAAUGAGUUUGGUUGAAACUCUAUAUCUCACUUUAUUGUGUAAUAUGAUUCUUAUACCAUCUCUACUACACAAGGGAGAUAAUUUCUGA